UUUUUCUCGCCUGAGAAUCUUUGCACACAAAACCCCUCUCUCUCCCUCUCUCUCUAUGUGACAAUGCAUGGUGAUGGAGAAGUUGAAGUGAAAAGGGUAUUUAUUGGAGCAGGAUGCAACAGAAUAGUCAACAACGUUUCAUGGGGCGCUUCUGGCUUGGUUUCAUUCGGCGCUCAAAACGCCGUUGCAAUUUUCUCUCCCAAGACUGCUCAAAUUUUGACCACUCUUCCUGGUCACAAAGCUGUUGUGAAUUGCACCCAUUGGCUCCCAACUAGCAAAUUUCUUUUUAAAGCAAAAGAAUUGGAGUUGCAUUAUUUGCUUUCUGGAGAUGCUGAUGGUGUUAUUAUUCUGUGGGAAUUGUCCCUUGUUGAUGGAAAGUGGAGGCAAGUGAGACAAGUACCAAAAUCACACGACAAAGGGGUUACUUGCAUUAAUGGAAUUAUGGUUUCUCAAACUGAUGCAAUGUUUGCAUCUACUUCUUCAGAUGGUACUGUUUGUGUUUGGGAACUUGUAUUUCCACUGAUAAUUGGCGGUGACUGUAAAUUAUCAUGCCUGGACCAUUUCUCUGUUGGUUCUAAAUCUAUGGUAGCCCUAUCGAUGGCGGAACUUCCUGGAGAUUGUGGUCAAAUUGUCCUUGCAAUGGGAGGAUUGGAUAACAAGAUUCACCUAUACUGUGGUGGAAGGACUGGAAAGUUUGUACAUGCAUGCCAGCUAAAAGGGCAUACUGAUUGGAUCCGGAGUUUGGAUUUCUCAUUACCUAUAAGCAUCGACGGGGAAGUAAACAAUAUUUUUCUGGUAAGUUCAUCCCAAGAUAAAUGCAUACGAAUUUGGAAGAUGGCAUUACGUAGCUCUAUUCCCGAUGGGCACGGCAUAUACAUGAAGGAAGAAACAAGCUUAGCGUCCUAUAUAGAAGGUCCUGUACUUCUGGCUGGUUUGGCCUCUUUUCAGAUAUCCUUAGAAUCUCUUUUAAUCGGACAUGAGGAUUGGGUAUAUUCAGUAGCGUGGCAGCCCCCUUUGGCUGCAUCCGCGGACGGGGAUGCCUAUUAUCAACCACAAAGUAUUUUAUCUGCAUCCAUGGACAAGACUAUGAUGGUCUGGCAGCCUGAAAAGACUUCUGGUGUGUGGAUGAAUGUGGUCACUGUUGGCGAACUAAGCCACUGUGCUCUCGGGUUCUAUGGUGGUCAUUGGAGCCCAAAUGGAGAUUCAAUUUUAGCUCAUGGAUAUGGUGGAUCUUUCCAUCUUUGGAAAAAUGUCGGUGACGACAACUGGAUGACACAAAAGGUUCCCUCUGGUCAUUUUGCAUCGGUGACUGAUAUAGCAUGGGGUAGAUCUGGUGAUUACAUCAUAUCAGCCAGUCAUGACCAGACAACUAGAAUUUAUGCUCCGUGGAAAGUUGAGGCUUCUCUCCAAGAUGGAGAAUUUUGGUACGAGAUUGGCCGCCCUCAGGUUCAUGGUCAUGAUAUAAAUUGUAUGACAGUUGUUCAUAGUAAGGGGAAUCAUCGUUUUGUUGGUGGAGCUGACGAGAAAGUUGCUAGAGUGUUUGAAGCCCCAUUAUCAUUUUUGAAAACAUUAAGUAAUGCCACGCUGCAGAAGUCUUGUUAUUCUGAUGAUGACUUGACAAAUGUUCAGAUUUUGGGUGCAAAUAUGUCGGCUCUUGGGCUAUCACAAAAACCUAUUUAUGUUCAAGCUGUACAUGAGACCCCUGAUAAAAAUGGGAUUGAUGGUCUCGACACCUUUGAAACUGUCCCCGACGCAGUUCCAACUGUGUUCACUGAACCUCCAAUUGAAGAUCAACUUGCAUGGCACACACUCUGGCCUGAAUCACAUAAACUUUAUGGUCAUGGAAAUGAGCUAUUUUCUUUAUGUUGUGAUCAUAAGGGUGAGCUUGUUGCUUCUUCAUGUAAGGCACAAUCUACAGCUGUAGCAGAGGUAUGGCUUUGGCAGGUUGGUUCAUGGAAAGCAGUUGGCCACUUGCAAUCUCAUAGCUUAACAGUGACACAGAUGGAAUUCUCACACGAUGACAACUUUCUUUUGACUGUCUCAAGGGAUCGCCAGUUCUCGGUUUUUACAAUCACAAGAUCAGGCACAGGUGAAAUUAGUUAUACUCUUCUUGCGAGACAGGAGGGACACAAGCGGAUUAUCUGGUCAUGUUCUUGGAACGCGCACGGCCAUGAAUUUGCGACAGGUUCACGUGACAAGACAGUGAAAAUCUGGGCUGUCGAGAAGGAAUCAUCAGUAAGGCAGCUUAUGACUUUACCUCAAUUUACAAGUAGCGUGACAGCAUUGUCUUGGACUGGUCACCCUGAUCGAAGAAACAAUGGACUUCUAGCCGUUGGAAUGGAAAACGGCCAAAUUGAAUUGUGGAAUCUGUCCUAUAAAAGACAAGGCGAUGGAAGCAUUGUUGUACCAGAUUUCGGCGCUGCGCUUCUUGUUCGUGUAGAUCCUUUUAUAUGCCAUGCCUCUACAGUAAACCGUCUGGCAUGGAGGAAAAAUGAGGAAGAUCACAAGAGUCUGCAACUUGCUUCUUGUGGAGCUGAUAAUUGCGUAAGAGUGUUUGAUGUAACUGUUGAGUAAUUAGAUUAUAGUGUCUUCCCCUUCUUUUUUGAUAUAUCUGUAGAAUAUUUUUUUAUUCAUAGAUAUGAAAGUACUUCCAUAUGAAUUAUGAUUAUCACGUGAUUAUGAAAGUAUUUUUCGGCAUAUAAAUGUGUCGAAUUGUUUA